UAUCACUGACAAUCGGGUUAAAGGUCACGCGGUUAAAGGUGAAACAGCUGAUUAAAAACAAACUUUUUCAGCUGAACGAUGACACUCGUACACAGAGACUGCUCGAUAUUUAUACAGCGACACAAUAUUGGAAUACGAUGACUGAAGAUACACCUUUAAGUAUUCUUGUAGAAGGAGUGCACGUGACAUAUACAGUGAUCAAAGCAUUGAUAUUAUCAAUAUUCAGAUUUUUCGUACCAGCAAAUAGGAAAAGUGUUCAGGGAGAGAUUGUAUUAGUUACUGGAAGCGGCGGUGCUAUAGGGAGCCGUAUAUGCACUGAAUUUAGUAGAUUAGGGGCCACGCUAGUAUUAUGGGAUAUUAAUGAACGUGCAAAUGAACAAACAGCCGAGAAAAUAAGAACAAGUGGUGGAAAGUGUUUUACGUACACUGUAGAUGUUGGUAACCAUGACGAUGUCUAUAAAACAGGUCAGAAAGUCACGGACGAGGUCGGAGAGGUGACCAUACUCGUUAAUAACGCUGCCGUCGUGAUAGGUCGUAAAUUGUUAGACUGUCCCGACCAUGAGAUUGAGAAAACAUUUGAUGUUAACUUACUCGCACAGUUUUGGACAGUAAAAUGUUUUCUGCCAGCCAUGUUACGACGUAAUCAUGGUCAUAUCGUGAACAUAGCAAGCUCAACGGGUCUUGUGGGACUGAAGAAUCUUUCCGACUACAGUUCCUCGAAAUAUGGUAUUGUGGGCUUCACAGAGGUAUUACAUUAUGAGAUCAUAUUUUCCGGAUACAGUGGUGUACAUACGACCCUUGUGUGCCCCUCGUUUGUCAACACCAAGCUAUUCGAUGGCUGUAAAUACAGAUUUUCAGAUUCAUUCAUAUUUCCUAGACUGCUAUCUCCACUUGAAGUUAACCAAUGCGUGGACAGAAUCAUGCAAGCUGUAUUGACCAAUCAAAUCUUCGUUUGCAUACCAAGAAUCGUUUAUUUCUUUACUGCGCUGAAAACCGUUUUACCGGUGACAGCAAUGAACGCUCUCGUAAAAUAUCUCGGAGCAGCCCAGUUUAUGGACACGUAUGUUGGCAAACCAGAAUCAAGGAAUACGGACAUAAACAAUACUUUAGUUGAAAAUGGUAAUGACAAUCUCCCAAGGGACUCGGAUCGUGUUGAUGUUACGAGAAAGAAAGAUAUUUGAGUAUUUAUUUUUACAGAAUUGAAAUGUUUGUUUACAGAUGGUGCCUUAACAUAUUGUUUUGCUUCUAAAUAUAUUGUUGAUUUUGUUAUUGUAGCUCAUGUUAUUUAACCGUUUUGUAUUCUAUCAACUGAUUGACACGAAUGAGUGCACUCUUUGGUCGGCAAUAUAACAUUAUAAGAUUUUUAAGAUCGUUGUUUUCCUACAAGUAAUAAUGGCAAUUAAUACAUAUCGAGAAAAACUCAUAUUACACACUUUGGUUGCCUCGCAUUCAAUACCAAUAUAAUGCAUAAAUUGGUUUUAUUCCUUAUUCAUAUGGAAAUACAAUUUUAUUUAAGACUAGUGCUUGUUAAUAUAUCUUUUUUGUAACCGCUUUGAACGUUGAAAGAAAAAAAUAAGUAUUGAGGCAAUUUUGUCUUUUUUUCCCCAGUUAGUUUAUGUUAUAUAUAAAGAAUAUAACAGGAAUCGGGAAGGCUUGUUUGACUAGAUAAAGUACCCACUUGUUUAUUGUGGAAAUAACAAGUGCUCUUUUAGAUAUACAUGUACUGAACAUUUCGAGAGACUCCAAAGAAGUUAAUCAAUAUUUACAUCAAAAUACAUAAAUUUUUAUUUUGCUAAAUUCACAUCAAUUGUGAUUGAUGCGUCUCGGUUGUUUCUUGUCAGAAAUCACUCUAUAGGGAAAUGAAAUAAUGUAGACAACGGGAUCAAUUGUUAUUAGGGUUACAUAAUAUUAUACAUGUUGUUUGAUAUUUAUUUUGUAUUUAUAGAUGUUCAUGAAUUUGAAUUUUUAAACAGUUUUACUGCAAAUAAUCAUAUCGGUGUGUGUAUAUAUAAUUAUAUUAUUCUUUAAAAGAACCAAUAAUUCAUGAGUUUAGUUUUAACAUGUUUUAUUUCGGAUGCAUUUGUAUGAGGGAAGCUAAAAGUUCAUUUAACCCUUUUUCGUGAUCACCUGAUUCCUUGUAAACCAGUUCUGACAUUAUAUCAGGAAACGUGGUUGUGACGGAAAUAGGGCUCGAACUAACGGUCCCAGGGUUGAGAGACUGACACCUUUACCACUUUUGUCUGCUCACUUUUGAUUUUAAUGAUAAUAAGUCAUCCCAAAUUCAAUAUAGGAUAAAAUUAUAUUGCCAGUGACUUUCGUUUCUUUCAUGUGAGUAAGCUAUCCUGCCACCUCACGGAAGGUCGGUGGUUCUAUUCAGGUGCUUGUUCGUGUCAGAAAAAAAGCACCAGGAGUGCUUUAAAGCGCAGGGGACUCUGCAAAACCACAUAUAUCAAACACAUAUAAUGCGUAUCUUUUCGUCCGACAUAACCAUUCGUUUAUGAAUUAUCCAUACUAAACAUAAGAGUAUUUAUGGACUGACAUAGUUUUUCAUUUUGUUUUUCGCAUGAGAAAGUUUGUUUUUCGUUUUUAUAUUUUUUAUGACAUUAUUCAGCAUUUUUUUCAAAUGGUAAUCUUUUGAAAGAUCUCAUCAAAAUAAUUAUACUUUUUAUUUAUUCACAAAAGUAGUAUAGGCGUCUUUACGCCUAUACUACUCACAAAUACUUUUUAAAGGCCUUUUUAUUGUAUCUGGAUUUUUUUUAAUGCAAUGCAUUUAAAAAUAUAUUCUUUUUAUUGUGCCGUAUUGUUAUGUAAUUAUCAUUUGCUGAAAUUAAAGCAGUCAUACUU